AAACCCCCCCACUUUUAUAAAUUAUAAAUACCCCCGGGAAAGUAACCUGAAACUUUUUCAUUUCAAAGAGAUAAACAUUAUGACCAAACCAGGUGCACACUAUACGUUCGAGAACGAGGCCAAAUUGCCUCGUUUGCCUGUUCCGCUGUUGAUGCAGACAACUUCUCAGCUAUUGACUGCGUUGAAACCCUUGUUGUCCAGUGACGAAUAUUACGAAUUGGCUAAUGAGUCCACCGAGUUUUUAAGUAAUGGCUUGAUAAACUUGGUACAAGACCAUUUGGUUGCUGUAUCCACCAAACCAGACUACUCCAGUUAUUUGAAUGUCGUUAAUGGUGAUUUGACCCCGGCCAUAUAUGGGGAAUUGAGAUCGGAUAUCUUGCCCAGAAAUCCAUACCUUAUCUUGGAAGAAGAUCCCUAUUCCAAGACGUUGAAUCCUCCUAACCAAGCCCAAAGAUCGGCUAAUUUGAUUAAUUCGACGUUGAAGUUUAUCAUCAGUUUGAGAAAUGAAACGUUAAAGCCGGAUGUAACUCCCAAGAACAACAACCCUUUGAGUAUGGCUUGCUACAGGAACUUGUUUGGUACAACUAGAGCACCCGAUAAUUCAGAGUUAGGACUAGGUGUUAGGGCUAAAAAGUAUGAACAUAUCAAUGAUUCAAGACACAUCUUGAUUAUUGCCAAUAAUCAGUACUACACCCUUGAAGUGAUUACCGAGUAUUCUGAACAAGAAUACAACCAAACUGGAAGUAAGCACAAGAUUUGGUUUAAUGAUCAUGAGCUUUCUUUGAUUUUGCAAGGUAUUAUCAAUGAAUCGGAAAAAGUAGGAUACGUAGACUCGAUCAAGAAUUCUAUAGGGUCAAUGACGACCCAAUCUUUAAAGCACUGGAAAAUGGCCCGUUUAGAAUUGGAACAAUCUAAUGCUGAAAACAUGAAGAAGAUUGACGAUGCCUUGUUUGUGUUGGUGCUUGAUUCAAACUCGCCCGUGACGGACCAGGAAAAGACAUCGGUUAUUUCUCAUGGGUCUUCAAAAUUGUCGGAUGAUAAUGUGCAAGUGGGGACCUGUACCUGGAGAUGGUAUGAUAAGUUGCAAUUAAUCGUGACAAAGAACUCGGUGGCAGGUGUGGUUUGGGAAUCGAUGAUUAUGGACAGUACUGCCAUUUUAAGAUUCAUUAGUGAUAUCUUCACCGAUUCUGUGUUGAAAUUAGCAAAGAAUAUCAAUGGACAAGAAUACACCUUGUUUGAUAACAAUGUUUCCUUUGUUGAUCCCAGUGAAACCAAGCCCGAGAAGCAUUUGAUUCAAUUAAACAAGACCAAUGAAGUGCAAAACAUUAUUCAUCUUUCUGAAACGAGAUUGGCCGAUUUGAUUAACCAACACGAAUACAAGACUUUGAAUAUCAAGUUGGAUUCCCACCUUACCAGUAAGUUCAACCUUUCCGUGGAUUCAAUCAUGCAAAUUGGAUUCCAAAUUGCUAAUUAUUCCUUGUAUGGAAGAAUGGUAAACACUUUGGAACCAAUCACGACGAGAAAGUUCCGUGAUUGUCGUACUGAGUUGAUUCCUAUUCAAAAUGAGUUUAUUUCCGAUUUGGUCAAGUUGUACAUCACCAGUGCCGAUGCGUCGGAAAAGUUUGACGCCUUCAAGAAAUGUUGUGAUAUCCAUACAAAGCAAUACCAUGAUGCUAUGGUGGGUAAAGGGUUUGAAAGACAUUUAAUAACGAUUGUGCAAGUUCUUCGUGAUCCUAAAGUUGCCCAACGGUUGAAUGAAAUCAAUUCCGAAUUGAAGCCAAUCCCAGAUUUGACUAAAGUCAAUGUGUUUGUUCCGUUGUUGCUUAAUCCCAUUAUUGACAAGUUGCUGAAUCCCGAAUUGUUGAUUUCCAAUUGUGGUAAUCCAGCCUUGCUUAUGUUUGGUAUCCCCCCCGCAGUUGACCAGGGUUUUGGUAUCGGAUACAUCAUCCAUAGUGACAAGGUUAUCAUUACCAUCUGUUCCAAGCACAGACAGACCAGUCGAUUCUUGGACACGUUCCAUCGGGUGAUUCAUGACUUGAAGGUGAACUUGAAGAGCAGAUCCACGUUCUUGCUCUCGAUGACAGACUCGGAACAACGGAAACUUGAACUUCAAAGAUUGAGAAUUGAGCAGGAGUUGAAGAAUGUCGAGAUUGAUAUCCCGACAAAGAGACACCCCAUUGCAUUGACCAUUGAUCAAGAACCCAUCCCGUUGGAAUCUAUUCCGUUGGUUAAAGAGCCAGAAUCGGCCGAUACUAUCAACGACCAGGAUGAAGAGCACUACGAGUUGAUGGGAGGAUACGGAUACUUUGACUAUGGAGAGUUGGAAGAACGGUCGGAUGAAUUGUCGAGAAAUGAAUCGUACUUGACCAGUCGCACCCAAUCGCAUACCCAUUCCCGUAACCAUUCUCAUCCAGGCAGUGCGCUUGGUUCUAGACACCAUUCUGGCACUAACUUGGCCAAGCUUGUGUUGACAAGUUAUGAUAUCAAGAAUAAGCAGUCGCUUUCAGAGCAAAUCAGAGAAAGGAUGCUGAACGAUAGCUCUGAGGUAUUGCCUUCUUUGGAUGCUGCCGUGAAGGAGGAAGAGGAGCAGGAGGACGACGAAGAGGAAACUACUCCAGAGAUUGAAGUGCCCAGUCCUGUUGCUGUAAAGAGCAAGAGUUCAAUUGGUAGGAAAUUAGAUAUCAAGAGAAGAUAUUAGUUAUUUAUAUAUUUAUUUAGUUAUUUAUUAUGAUUUGUUUGC